AUGACACUUCAAUUAAAUCUCGCGCUUGACCCGCGCCUGUGCGCGGGCUUUGCGCGGGGCUGCCGCGGGGCGAGCGCGCGUACAGUACAACGCGUGUGCGGGUUCUGCGCGGGACGAAAAGCUCAUGUUGGAAUUGAAACACUACCAGAUUCAAUAAAAAAGGUUCUUCAGACCGAGGAAGAGUUAGAAAACGCUAUUAACUCGUCUGGUGAGAAGCAGAAUAAUACUGAUGACACUAUACAAAGAAAUGAGAUGGAAAUACCUGGACCGUCGUCGUCAACUGUGAAAGAAGAUACUUCUGUCACAGAAAAAAAUAAGGAUCACCAUAUUGACAAAGUUCCUGGAUUGUUGCCACUAAGAAAGGAAAUAAACUCUCCAACAGUUGAGAUAACUUCUUCAGACAUCGUUUGUUGUAUUUGCCAAAAAGAGAGCUCCGGCGCACAUACGUGCAUUAUUUGUAAUCAGGUCGUGCAUGUUAUUUGCACUGACAGCACACUUGGCGCAGACUAUGAAGGCUUCGGAAGUAAAGUUACAUGCAUACGUUGUGCGCAGACAGAAAAUAUAAAAAAAAAUAAAGAAAAGGCGAUAGAAGGUCUUCAAGCUCAGGCUGAUAUUAUGAAACAAUUAUCUGAUCAAAAAUUUCCGCCAAUCGCGAUUGGAAAAACUGUAACCUUACCUAUUCCCAGCUUUGACAGAGCCAAAGGAGAUGCUCGAAAUGUUUUGGGUAUAAUACAAGAUAAAACAGAUGAUGGUUUAUACAGAGUAGGCACGAAACACGGGACAAUAAACACACUUUUUUCGAGGAAUCAAAUAAAAGAAUGCAAAAUAAAAUUUCUUAAGAUCGAAGAUGUGCCUGACGUUCGGCUGUCUCUUAGAGAAAUCAGUGCAAAGGAUUCAAAAUUUGGUGGCCAAGGCUUUAUAAAAUGCCACUGCAAUAAAAAAUGCUCUUCAAAAUUAUGCAAAUGUAAAAGAUCUAAUGUAUUGUGCAAUUCUAAAUGUCAUAAUGCCUCACCAUGCCAGAAUAAAGAU